AUGUCCGCGACCCACGCCGCGCUCGCGGCGCGUCGCGCCGUCGUCCCCGCGCGCGCGUCCGCGUCGCGUCGCGCGCGGCGCGUCUCCUCGCGACGCGGACGCGCGACGACCACGACGACGCGCGCGGCGGUGACGGAGCCCGCGACGAAGAUCACGUUCGAGGACGCGCUCCCGAGCGCGGUGAAAGACGGCGCCUCGCUGACGUGCGUCGGCGCCGGCGUGCGCGAGAAGAAGAUCGCGAUCAUCAACGUCAAGGUGUACGCCGUCGCGCUGUACGUCGACGCGGACGCGUGCAAAGCGGCGCUGACGACCGGCGCGACGCCGCUCGACGGCGCGUUCGAUAAGACGCUCGCGAUCGAGCUCGCGCGCGACGUCGGCGGCGAGACGUUCUGGGACGCGCUCGAGGACGCGGUGACGCCGCGGAUUCGCAGGAUCGCGACGGACAUGGCGACGAAGGAGGACGAGGACGGGAACUUCAUGGCGACCGUCGCGGAGGCUGCGGAGGUGGCGGAGGAGGCGGCGAUGGACGGCGCGGAGAGUCUCAAGGGUCUCUUCGCGGGCGAGAACCUGAAGAAGGGGACGCGCGUGACCAUCGCGUGGCGCCCGAACGCGUCGGACGGCGGCGACGUCCUGUGCGUGAGCGUCGGCGGCGGUAAGAGCAUCGCGAGCGCGAGCGAAGAGCUCGCGCUCGCGCUGUUCGACGUCUACCUGGGCGACGACCCGGUCAGCGACGCCGCGUUCAACGCCUUCACGAAGGGCGUCGCGAAGCUCGUCGCGCCGUUUUAA